GCAAAGCCUCCAUCUUGGGCAUCCCGAGCUGAGGCGAAAGGGCAGCAGCCAUAUACACACAGUGACUCCAAAAAAAUACAACAACAAGCGCGCUGGGGGAGGAGGACACAAAACUAAAAACAAAGAAAUUAUUGGCAAUUUGCCGAGAUGUAACUUUUUCUCUCUCCUGAAAAGCCAGGGACACGAAUCGCUCCGGAGAGGAGACCAGGAUGGAAAAGAAAGACGGCGGCUGGUCUGGACGCGUCUGGUAACGACUCUACUCGCACAGUCAGCCGCGCUGGAUCCGCUUUUUCUGAGGAUUUGACAGGUGCCAGAGCCGGAGAACGGCUUAACUCACACCAGAAUGGGCAUGAGGAAGUUCGCCAUAUUUCUCUUGGUCCUCUCUCUUUGUGUAGAGGGAGGAUCUGCCAAAGAAAAAGGAACAAAGAAGGGGAAGAAGAAAGGGAAACAGGUUUAUUGUCCGUCACAGCUGUCAUCUGAGGAUCUGGCUCGAGUCCCUGCGAAUUCAACCAGUAACAUCUUGAACAGGUUACUGAUCACUUACGAUCCGAGGAUACGGCCCAACUUCAAAGGAAUUCCUGUGGAGGAUAGAGUGAACAUUUUCAUCAACAGCUUUGGCUCGAUCCAAGAAACGACCAUGGAUUACAGAGUCAACAUCUUCCUGCGGCAGCGCUGGAACGACCCCCGGCUGAAGCUGCCACAAGACUUCAAGUCUGAUUCGCUCACCGUUGAUCCCAAGAUGUUCAAAUGUCUCUGGAAACCCGACCUGUUCUUCGCUAAUGAGAAGAGCGCCAACUUUCACGAUGUUACUCAGGAAAACAUUCUCCUCUUCAUCUUCCGCAAUGGAGAUGUACUCAUCAGUAUGAGGCUAUCCGUCACUCUCUCCUGUCCUCUUGAUCUGACCUUGUUCCCAAUGGACACGCAGAGGUGUAAAAUGCAACUUGAAAGCUUUGGUUAUACAACAGAUGAUCUACAGUUCAUGUGGCAGACAGGAGAUCCUGUGCAAAUGGAUGCGAUCGCUCUGCCACAGUUUGAUAUCAGACAAGAAGAUAUUGAUUAUGGAAACUGCACCAAAUACUACGCAGGAACAGGGUACUACACUUGUGUCGAGGUUAUCUUCACCCUAAGGCGACAAGUCGGCUUCUACAUGAUGGGUGUUUACGCCCCCACGCUGCUUAUCGUAGUCCUCUCCUGGCUGUCCUUCUGGAUCAACCCUGAUGCGAGUGCCGCCAGGGUCCCCUUGGGCAUCCUCUCGGUGCUCUCUCUGUCUUCCGAGUGCACCUCCUUGGCUUCAGAGCUGCCCAAAGUGUCCUACGUCAAGGCCAUCGACAUCUGGCUCAUUGCUUGCCUGCUGUUUGGUUUCGCCUCGCUGGUGGAGUACGCUGUGGUUCAAGUGAUGCUCAACAGCCCAAAGCGCAUAGAGGCAGAGAAGGCCAAGAUGGCAUCCAAGGAGAAAGCUGCGGGAAAGAGCCCCGCUGCCAGGAACAACACGGUCAACGGCACCGGAGGGACGCCGCUUCAUGUCAGCACCUUACACGUCAGUGAAUCUAGCUUGAUACCUUCCGUGGCCGAGACCCGCUGCAAGAAGGUGUGCACUUCUAAGUCAGACCUGCGGACCAAUGACUUCAGCAUUGUGGGAUCGCUCCCACGGGACUUUGAACUGUCAAACUUUGACUGCUAUGGGAAGCCCAUCGACACUGGCUCAGCUCUCGGCAAAUCUCAAGCUAAGAACAACAAGAAACCUCCUCCUCCCAAACCAGUCAUCCCCUCUGCUGCCAAAAGAAUCGACCUUUACGCCAGAGCCCUGUUCCCUUUCUCCUUCCUCUUCUUUAAUGUGAUCUACUGGUCCAUAUACUUGUGAUUAUUAUCUUGAAAUUAUCUUCUGCUAUUAACGCAACACUCUCAUAAAUUCUUUACUGAUCAGAUUUACAUUCAAAGACUCCAAAGUGAGCACUGAGAAAUGUGUUUUCAUACGAAACGAUUACCGAGAAAAACAUAAAACUACCACGUGUUAUUAUUACUAUUAUGAUAUUUCUCUUCACGUAAAAAAGGCAACUAUCAUCAUUCAUGUAUUAGGAAAUGAUUACAAUUUAAUAUUUCUUAUUUUUCAAAAAAAAAGAGAAUAUAUAUAGCAUCUUGUUUUCAAAUAUAUAUUAUUUAUUCACAGUGGUACUUGAAAGGCUAACACAGGAUUGCAGAUAUAACUGUAAUAAUUGGCGUGUAAACAUAUCCACAAAGACUGAUUGCAUACGAAUGGAGCUGAAAGAGCUUUAGAAGAGCAUUUGUAAAUAGGUAUUUGAUUUUUCGCCCCUCGCCCGGUGGAAGUGUGCUCGCAAGUUUAAUGAGUUAAAGCAUUUUCUUCAAGCUUCAAUGCAAAGUGUAACAUUGUAAUUACCUCGCAUGUUAAAAAAAAUUGCAUGUAUAUGAAGAUAAAGUAUAAAUACAUAUAAAAUAUGUAUUAAAUUUUAUUAUUCUUAUGAUUUGCUCUUGAGAAGAUACGUGGAUACGUGGAACACUCCUCUUCCUGUCCAGAUGGUCAUGUGACACUGCCACUCCUCCUGCCAAUGUAACGUUUGACACUUUCCACCUGUAGCGUGUGUAAACGGGUCACCGGUGAACUGUGACCGUGUGUUUGUGAAAUUUGCAAACGAAGAUAAACGAUCAAAUGCUGUUUCACCAUUUGAUGUGAUUAAAAAUGAACUCAAACAUUUGAA